UACACCCUGUUCCCCAAAACCUUACUAGGAGAGCGGGAGAACCAGAUGAGGCAUUACGCAAGGCCUGCUGUUUACCUCCUGCAUGAGGCCUCCUCCCUCCCUAUAAAACCUGACGUGGUGAGGAGACGCUCUGAGUCCGAUCUGGGUAAGCGAGGCAGCCCCAGAGAAGGGUAGUUAGGAGGCGCGAAGUGAAUGAGGGAGGCGCAGCGAGGGGCAUCGAGUCAGCACGCAGCGGGGGUGGUCCACCGCCACCUACGCCCUCGGGGGCGGCUGCUACGGUCGCUGGCCAGAGUGCGUCUGGAUCCCUGCUUUCCAUGGAGGCUCCCGAGCUGGGCCCGGGGUUGGUGGAGCGUCUGGAGCAGCUGGCGACGUGUCCGCUGUGCGGGGGCCCCUUCGAGGACCCAGUGCUGCUGGCGUGCGAGCACAGCUUCUGCCGUGCGUGCUUGGCGCGCUGCUGGGGGGCCCCGGCGGCGCCGGGCUCGGAGGCGGCACCCCCUUCAUGCCCCUGCUGUGGCCAGCCGUGUCCCCGACGCAGCCUAAGGUCCAACGUGCGUCUGGCAGUGGAGGUGCGCAUCAGCCGUGGGCUGCGUGAGAAACUGGCAGAGCCGGGGGCCCGGACCGGAAGAAGACGCGGGGGCCGCAUACCCACCAUGGGCUGCCUGGACCCUCACGGAGAGGAUAUGAGGAAGACAUGGAGGCGAUUUGAUGUCCCAACACCCAAGUCAUCUAACUCAGAGGAGGAGCUCCCUGAAGAUUACCCUGUGGUAAAAAACAUGCUUCACAGACUGACAGCUGACCUGACACUUGACCCUCGCACUGCACACCGUGGUCUGCUCAUCUCCUCUGACUACCGCGGCGUGACUCUGGCUCCACCUGGAACACCAGAGCCGCUGGACAGCCCUGCACGCUUUGAUCAGCUCCUAGCCGUGCUGGGUGCCCAGGGCUUCGCGUCAGGCCGCCACUGCUGGGAGGUGGAGACCGCAUCUUUUAGAGACUCUACCAUGAAGAAUGAGGAUGCAGGAGAGAGCUGCUACGUCGUGGGCGCGGCCGGGGAAUCCGUGACGCGCAAGGGCCUCAUCAAGCUGUGCCCGUCUGAGGCUGUUUGGGCCGUGGAGGGCCGCGGCGGCCGCCUAUGGGCACUCACCGCCCCAGAGCCCACUUUGCUAGGCGGCGCCAGGGCUCCGCCGCAGCGCAUUCGCGUGGACUUGGACUGGGAGCGGGGCCGUGUGGCCUUCUAUGAUGGCCGCUCACUGGACUUGCUUUUCACCUUCCAGGCGCCCGGCCCGCUGGGGGAGCGCAUCUUCCCGCUGCUCUGCACUUGUGAUCCCCGCGCCCCACUGCGCAUCGUGCCCGGAGAAGGCUGAUCAUCUAGUUCCCUACCUCCUCUUCCCUAGCCUCGAGGCUACUUAUCUCCGGUGCAGAAAUCGCCUAUUUCAGUGAUCUUGUCUGUACACCUGUCACAGCAGGAGCAUUAAUAAGCACCCUUUACCCACUCAACAUUCUUCCUCCCACAGCAAGACCUCAAAAUGGCUGCACAUCCGUGCCCUUAAGCCAGUCUGGUCCUACAUCUCCAUGCCCAAACCCAACCUUUUCUUUGAGUUCCCUUUCUGUACCCUUCCAGGCAGGGUUAGGGAAAGGCACUGUACCACCAGUACAGUCCGCUUUUACCUCCAAUCCCAAAGGGCUAGGGCCUGAUCCACAGUAGGAAGGCUGGAGCCUCCCUCCUGAUGUCCACUCUGAGAAUUCCCCUCAAGAAAAAUGAGUCCUAAUACAAGAUGAUCAACUCAUAAUCUAAGCCCUUCAGACGCAAAGAUUAAAUAUAAAUUUUGGAAGUGUAUGCAAGCCAGUCCACCCUCUACAUUUCCUCUAUGACUGUUUCUUAUGCUCAUAGCCUUUUUCCUUUAAACAUCCUUUUGGAAAUUCAUCUUGCACACAAAAGAACCAAUGGUGCUACUCCCCCCUUCUCAACCUGGGAGCAAUCCAGGCAUCCUAAACAUCCUUGUAUAGUCUCCCAUCCUCCCCAUAUGUAUAAAUGGGCCUGUAUUUAACACAUUGUGCAAUGUUGGGUUAUUUAUUUUGUGCAUCUGUGGCAAUAAAUGAGAUCUCAGUGGUGGUA